GCAAAAAAAGAAAAGAAACGUUUGGAGUGGGAAGAACUUAAGAAAAAAAAGAGCCAGGAGCCAAAAAUCGAUGAAACAUUUGAAGACUUUGCUCUGCAACAUGAUCUUCAACAUAACAAUAUAUUGCUACGAAUAUACGAUACAACCAUUAACCAAAUGUACAAUAACAGACUAAUUCAAGCAAUAAUGUUUGGUCAGAAAUUGGUGAUUGAUUGUGGUUAUGAUAGCAAUAUGACCAGAAGAGAAAAUUUAAACUGUGCUAAACAACUCAUGCUCUUAUUUUCUGAGAACAGGUUUCAUGACGAUCCUUUUGAUUUAUACUUUUGCAACGCUAAUCAACGAGGGGAUUUGAUGAAAUACGUUAACAAAUUCAUGCCUACAUUAUAUGAACCUUGGUUUCCACUCAACGUUCAUUCUUGUAGCUAUCUAGAUAUUUUUCCUAAAAGUCAGCUUGUCUACUUGACCCCACAUUGUAGAGAAGAACUCCAAGAAUUUGACCACGAAGCUGUAUAUAUUAUUGGUGGUAUUGUUGAUAAGAUGAACAGUGAACCACUGUCAUUAGCCAAAGCUAAGAGGGAAGGUUUAAAGAUGGCAAAACUGCCUUUAGAUAGAUACCUUCAAUGGGGAGCAGGAUCUGGAAAAAGUCUCACCCUCAAUCAAGUAACAUCAAUAUUACUGGAUGCGAAGAAGACAGGAAAUUGGGAAAUUGCUCUACGACAUGUUCCUAGGAGAAAGUUGAUGGAUUACAAUCAAACAGAUGGCACAAAAAUGAAUUCUUUCAAUAUGAGAAAUGAAAGGCACUCUACAAAAAAGUGGAUACCAUCUGCCAAUAUUAAAUUUGGGAAUUUAGGGUAUAAUAGAAGUGAUAAGAAUGAAGAAAAGCGAAGAUUAUUGAAAAUCAAGAGUAUUUUAAAUGAGUAAAAGUGUUUGAAGUAUAAUAAAAGACAUAUUAUAACUUGUUCUAUCACUAUACCGGCCAACUCUUCUAAGCCAAUCAAUCAAUAAAAAUGUAUUUUAUUGUCUCAA